UUUUCCGUUCACUUUCAUUUUACAUCCUGUCUCGCUCGUCAAGAUCUCGACCGUAUUUGUGUCGAGAGUGUAAAGAACCUCCUYCAUUUCCGAACGUUCCAAUUAUUGUAACUGAUAAUAUGCCUAACCCGAACGCCGUUACACAUGAGGACUUACAAAAUUUAACCGACAAYUUAUCUGACAUGUUUAGGACACAAAUAGACACUUUGACUUCGGCUUUUCAAACUACAACUGAAACGAGUCAGCAACAAUUUGGCCAAUUACAAGAAAGUCUCGCCAAUUUUGAUGGUCAUGUUGAACCGAGUGUUUCUGUKUCUGGGCUAACUAACMGAGCCCCAGUAUUUUCGGGCGGUCURAAAGACGACCCGCUCUUGUUUGUCGAGCAAUUCGGUCUAUAUGCYGAACUUUGUGGCUGGUCGGACAAACAAUGUUUGUUAGCAUUUCCGUUGUCCUUAAGCGGACAGGCUCGAUUAUGGUUUUCUGCGUUACCAAGAUCAUCUUAUGAUAGCAUGGAAGAGCUUCUUCUUYUAUUUAGGACCCGUUUUUUAUCGGCAUCUGAUAAUUUUCUUCUCCGUCAGAAUUUAACUAAGCGUAAACAAUUGCCAAAUGAAUCUGUUGACGAGUUUGCUACUGAUAUUAGGAGACGYUGUCAACGACUAGCAAUUACGGACGAUGAGGAUCUUUUACAUUUUUUUGUUACGGGCUUAAGGCCCGAAUUACAAUCGCAUGUUAUUUUAAAUAAACCUUCUUCAUUAGAUGAAGCCGAAGAAUUGGCUAAACUUAAAAGUUCCGUUUCAACUCCGGCUCCRUCAUUUUCUCUUGCUGAUGUACAAAGCCUUCAAAAGGAGUUUCUUUCACAAUUAGCUUCGGCUCAACAAAAACAACCAACUUCACAACAGUCUAAGUCUGUGGCAGUAUUUGAUCACAAAUCUAAUCAAUACAAUCCUCCGCAUAAAUUUGAUACUCGCGAAAUACGCCAGGUUAUCAGGGAAGAACUCGGUAAUUUGAAUUCUCGACCUCAGUCUAAUAAUCGUCAGCAGCAAAAUCAAUCCUCUCGCAAUUUUAAUCCAAAUUWUCGGCCACGUUAUAAUUCCCGUGGGUCUUUUGGCAAUAAUGAUUAUCGUACUGUUUCGGGUAAUCCCAUUUGCCGGCUCUGUAGACAAAUAGGUCACGUGGCUCGUAAUUGUCCGAAUACGCCACGUAAUCCUCGCCCUCCGGGACCUCCUCCAACUUUUCAAUCUCCAAGUCCUCAGUAUUAUGUAACUCCUGCACCCCAGCAAAAUUAUUCCACUCCAGGUUCCCCUCAAGCUUUUGCUAACCCCCCUCCUCCACCCCAACAGUA